AUGGCAUCGGACGAAUUACCUCCCAGCCCCCUCGACCCCCACUACCCCCUCCCCAACCAGCAGACCCGCGCUGCGUACAUCGAAGCCCGUCGCCCGCAGGCGCUUCACAUCCCUGAAGGCACCCAGCAUCUCCUCUUAGCCAGACGAGAUAUUAGUUAUCCUUCUCAACUUAGCUUGAGCGAUAUUCCACUGCGAGCCGCCCCGGAUGUCCCAUUGCCAGCUCUGCCGAGUCCCGGGUCACCUCUGAAUCCGAUUGCAUCUUGGCUGCGCAACGUGCAGCCGAUUUCCCCGACAACUGAUCUGGCCCCCCGGACUACCUCUUACUUCAGCUCUGAUAGCCACGCAUCGAUGGAAAUCACCCUCUAUCUUUUCUGUCCUCGCUGA